GGAAGAGAGUUGUGCGGCGCUUUAGCUUUUGGUGCUGUAUAUUGUAUAUGCCCGGCGUGACGACAAAAAAAGGUCCCGAAAGUGUAUACUGUAGGUGGAGCCGCAUUGGGGGACCGACCAGGUUGACUGCGUACCGGUAAUCGCCGCAAGUGGGCGCGGCGGAGGACCGUUGGUAGCUCAGGGCCGAAGCCUGUGAGAGACGUUGCAGCGGCGGCGGAUAUGGCGGCCAUGGCGGCGCAGGCGGGGCGUAUGCACGUGCUGUCUCCGUCUAUGGCUGCGGGAACAGAAUGCAGCCCACCAUCUCUAAGAGAGCGGAAUCUGGCCACGGUGUGUGGCCAGGGGUCGUCAUGGGUGGCCACGUCAGCAGCUUGCACCGCUCAGCAGCGGCGUUUUCAUCGUUCCCCAGCUUUCUGUGGCAACUGCGUCGCGUCGCCGGAUGCCCUCGCGCACAGGUCGACGGCGACCGUGAGCGCGCGCUUGGUGCGCGACGAGCAUGGGGCGUACGUGCAGCAGCAGCCGUCUUCUUCCUGCAUGGUAUUCUGUGCAGGAGCGAAAGACGGAGGGCGAAAGGUUGCUUCUUCACGGCGAUGGCCAGGAGAGGACAGUCUGUGGUCUUCUUCUUCUCUCUCUUCCUCCUCCUCCUCUUCCUCCUUUUCACGGAUUGGUGUCGUGCGAGCCGCGGCAACUAAGCUUUCGAUGAUGGGAAGUGGUGGUAAACAGGAUGAUGAGGAAAGGAAAGUAAUUAGCACAUUGGCGGCGGAGGAGGAGAAGCCGCUGACGAAGAAGAAAGGAGAGAGACGCCGCGCCACUACCAAGGCGACAGCCACAGAUAUGGAGGCAACAAAGCCGGUGGAAGAAGAGGCGCCCAAAGAGGCGGAGGGAAAGGUGACGUCAUUGACCAUGGACGAUGUGAAGGCGGCAGAGCGGGGGAUGGACAAGCGGCCACAUGUGCCGCUUUCCAGCACCUUUCAGCGGAAGACCAAAAUCGUUUGCACGAUCGGGCCAACAAGUAACAGCAGAGAAAUGAUCUGGCAAUUGGUCGAUGCGGGGAUGAAUGUGGCGCGACUCAAUAUGUCUCACGGAGAGCAUCAGUGGCACAGGGCAGUGGUCGAUCUCAUCAAGGAGUAUAACGCGCAACCUGGCGUUGACAACGUAGCCAUCAUGCUGGACACGAAGGGGCCAGAGGUCAGAACAGGCGAUGUGCAUGAGCCCAUUCUGCUCACCAUGGGUCAGGAGUUCACUUUUACUAUCAAACGUGGGGUUGUGGAUGAGAAGUGCGUGAGUGUCAAUUAUGAUGGCUUCGUUGACGAUGUAGAGAUUGAAGACAUUGUGCUCAUUGACGGUGGGAUGCAGUCACUUGCAGUGAAGAGCAAGACCAAGGACUCGGUCAUCUGCGAGGUUGUUGAUGGGGGGUACCUAACGUCUCGCCGGCACUUGAAUGUCCGUGGAAAGAGUGCCACCCUGCCUUCGAUCACAGAGAAGGAUUGGGAAGACAUCAAGUUUGGAGUGGACAACGGAGUGGACUAUUACGCACUCUCAUUUGUCAAAAGUGCAGAUGUAGUGCACGAGCUGAAGGAUUAUCUGAAGUCUAAGAAUGCGGACAUCAAAGUGCUGGUGAAGAUUGAAAGUGCUGAUUCAAUUCCAAACCUUCACACGAUCUUGGAGGCAUCAGAUGGGGCCAUGGUGGCAAGAGGUGAUCUAGGAGCAGAGCUUCCUGUCGAGGAGGUACCCAUUCUGCAGAAUCAGAUCAUUCAGAUUUGCCGCAGCAUGGUCAAACCUGUCAUUGUUGCCACCAACAUGCUGGAGAGUAUGAUCAACCAUCCAACGCCAACACGGGCAGAAGUUUCUGACAUAGCCAUCGCUGUUCGUGAAGGAACAGACGCAGUUAUGCUGUCUGGCGAAACUGCACAUGGCAAGUACCCGUUGAAGGCUGUGAAAGUGAUGCAUACAGUGGCUUUGCAGACAGAGGCAACACUCGCGGAAUCUUCCCAGUCAAGUCAGGGGCCUUUUGUGAGGCAAGACAGCGGCCAAGCCCACCGUCUUGGCCCAGUGGAGUUGCUGAUUAAGCAGCUGCCGAGUAAGAGAAUGGCGGAUUUAAACUACGAGAGGGAGCUGUAUGCUGACAGAAUGGAGAAGAACCACAUGAGUGAGAUGUUCGCUUUCCACGCAACUAUGAUGGCGAACACACUGGGAGCGUCAGUGCUUGUUUUCAGCCGCAGCGGAUCGAUGGCACAUCUGCUUAGUCACUAUCGCCCACAGGGGAUUAUUUUCACCUUCACAAACGAUAAGAGGGUGCAGCGACGGCUCGCACUCUACAAUGGCGUCAGGGCACUGUACAUGGAGUUCUCAGCAGAUGCAGAAGUCACCUUCAAGAAGGCCCUGGCCAUGCUUGUGGAAUACGGAAUGGUAGAACCCGGAGAGGAGGUGGCGCUCGUGCAGAGUGGUCGAACGCCUAUUUGGCGGUCAGAGUCAACACACCAUAUACAAGUGAGGACUGUGCAAUGAAUUCCCAUCCACACAGUGUUUAUUGAGGGAGAGAGCAAGAGUGAGAAGCAGGGAGUAGGUGGUGCUUGACUGGAGUGGCUAACGCCAAACACCCAUUUGGCGGUCAUAGUUGGCGUGUUAUACAAAGCGAGAACUGUGGAAUGGAUUCACACAUACACAUACACAUACGCAUACACAUACUUAUACACAUACAGUAUUACAAUGUUGAUUCCUUGCCUUGACAUAGCAAGGGGGGAGGGGAAGGAAGAGUCGUUAGUAGCGGCAUAGCUUUGGCGAGUCUUAGAAAGCUUUGAGUCGUUGAAUCACACUACUUUAUCCGCUCUUAUUCUAGAUUGUUAUGUAGGUUUAGCUGCCUAGAAAGCGAUCGGCAUUUAGAAAAUGGGUUUGCUACAGGACUCGGAACAACAUCAGACUCAUUCAUGCUUGGUUUCUUCUUACAUGGUCUGGUCGGAUGACGAGAGAGAGUCUAGCUGUUUUGCUACUUUUUGCAUUGUCCCCAGUUUGUCAGCUGGUUGUCAUGUUGGUCUCUGUGUGCUAGCUCAGUUGUUUGUUGUCUGUGGUGCCUGAAGGAUAAAGCGGAGUCGAAGGAGUGAGGGGUGGGGUGGGAUGAAGAGGAAAGACGGACUGAGGGGUUGGCUUUGGGGGUGGGAUGAAGAGGAAAGACGGACUGAGGGGUUGGCUUUGGUCUGGACACGAGGGCAUGCUGACUACCUCGUUUCAAGGUUAUCGUAUAUGACGAUACAUUGGCAUUUUGGCACCGGUUCUCUUUUCCCCUUUUGACGGGAAAGUAUUCCCAAGGUCCAUGGUGCUUCUCUUUUGCAUCUUUUGCUUAAUCUUUGCCGAUCAUGUAUUAUAAAGUCAUAUGGAUAAAAAGUUAAAAACAGAAAUGCUUAUCUUGUCACAGUCAAGGACACCAGCCAAGGAAAUUGGAACAGAAAUGCUUAUCUUGUCACAGUUAAGGACACCAGCCAAGGAAAGCGGGAAUGGUAAUCAGGAGCUCAGAGUACGUGUUCGGUCAAGGUAAGGUGAAGGAACGAGAAAGAAGAGGGGUUGGAAAUGGCGCUUUGUCGGGGGAGAACGUUCCAAAUGGAGAGCAAGGAAUUGUGUGACUGUCAGGCGAGCUACAAGCAUUCUCUUCG